CCAAUCUCUUUGCAAAUUCAGCUUGAGGAGAUUAGAGAUAAUGGGGAGGGACUCAACUGUGUCUGAGAAGGUUAAGCUCAUCAUAGCUGUGCUCUCUCUGCAGCUGUGUCUUGCUGGGUUUCAUGUAGUUUCAAGAGCUGCUCUCAACAUGGGCAUCAGCAAGAUUGUCUUCCCUGUGUAUAGGAACAUGAUUGCCUUGGUUUUGUUGGCCCCUUUUGCCUAUUUUCUUGAAAAGAAAGAUAGACCACCUCUAACCUUCUCUUUGCUGGUUCAGUUCUUUCUUCUAGCAUUAUGUGGGAUCACUGCUAACCAGGGGUUUUAUCUCUUGGGCUUGUAUUAUUUGUCUCCAACUUAUGCUUCUGCUAUACAGAAUACAGUUCCAGCCAUCACCUUUGCCAUGGCUGCUGCUCUAAGGCUCGAGCAAGUUAACAUUAAAAGGAGACAUGGAUUGGCAAAGGUGGUAGGAACAGUGGUUAGCAUAGGAGGGGCCACUGUGAUCACUCUCUACAAAGGGCUCCCAGUGCUGCUGCACACAGAACCACACAGUAAAUUAGGAGCCCUUUUUGUUGCCUCUUCAAACCCAAUCCUCAACUGGACAUUGGGCUGUGUCUACAUUCUUGGCAACUGCGUUGCUUGGUCAGGUUGGAUGGUUCUUCAGGUCCCUGUUCUGAAGAAGUACCCAGCUAGGCUCUCAGUGCUCACACUAACCUGCACCUUUGGGCUCGCUCAAUUCCUAAUAAUAGCAGCUUUUUUAGAGAAUGACAUUGAGAGGUGAAAGGUUCAUUCAGGAGGGGAACUAUUCACCAUUCUCUAUGCUGGUCUUGUGGCUUGUGGACUUUCCUUAUCCCUUCAAAUAUGGUGCAUUGAUAGGGGGGGUCCACUCUUUACUGCUGUGUUCCAACCAGUUCAGACUGUUCUAGUGGCCAUCAUGGCAGCCAUGAUACUUGGUGACCAACUUUACACCGGAGGGAUAUUUGGUUCUAUCCUCAUAGUGAUUGGUCUCUACUUUGUACUGUGGGGUAAAAGUGAGGAGAAAAAGGCUACAAGCCAAGUGGUGGAUCAAGAUUUAACAAGGCACCCGCUCCUCAACCAAGAGAGCUCACAUAAAGAUAAUGAAGCAGCUGCAGCCACAGAUAUUGCAUGAAAUAAUUAAUUAAACCACCUCAUUGUAAUGGAGUUGUCCAACAAAAAAAAAAAGCUUAAUUAAUUAAUGAUGGAUAUGUUGAUAUAAACUUGGUUUUUUAAGGUGUGGAGAAAUGUUAAAUGUGUAGCUGGGAUUUGACUGUUUUCAAGUUCAAGCUUAAAUUAAGCUGAAAUUAAGCUUCA